AUGUUGAGUAACCUUGUUAAAAUUGAAAAGAAGAAUCUGGAGUUUGUCUUUGAGAUAGUGAAUGUCCAGUUUAAUCAGCCGGGGCACUACAGGCUCAUACUGACUGUGGAGAAUCCGCUUCUGGAAGGAUCUGGCGCUGGAGUCCAGCUCAGAGUGAACAAUAAAGAGAUCAUUCAGGACAGCUUUUGCAAGAAUGACAGAAACCAUGAUGUUCGACUAAAAGUGGAGGCCAUUCGUGUGACAGACUCAGAGGUGAAAGCUGGUGAGGGAUUCUUCGCAAUUUAUCCAAGAACCAACGCCCCUCAGAUUGACCUGUAUGCAGAGCCAGGAGAGGAGCUCUAUCAGUACAGUGGUGUCAUGGCACUGCUCCAUGUGCAGAAUGAUUACCUGGCCACGCAUUACAGUAUGGGAUCUUUUGAACAGCAGAAAAUCCAUCGUGGAACAUUAGAUGUUCAGAUAUCCCAAGACACUGAAUACACAUUACCCAGCCUGUGGCCUCAAGAGCCUAUUUUGAAUACAGAGCCUGAUGCUAAAAUGGGCAGAUCCAGACAGUGGUCAUCCUCUCCAAGGAGUAUUACAUGCACAGGACAACUCACAGCAAAGACUGAUCCUGAUUUGAGAAGCCUGGUGUUAUUUCCACAUGAGCUCACCCCAUCACAGAGUCCUGAGCCCUUCCCAUAUAUUUAUGUGACAGAGUCUCCCCUGAGGACAGAAAGUGUUUUUCUGUCCCCGCCAUGUCCCGCUCAUGUCUCCCAGCCAGGGCACAAGAUCAUCAGCGUCACUCUUUAUGGUGCCACCAGUCUCCCCCUGCUGACAGACGGAAGAGUUCCUCUGCCAUUCGCUAUUGUGGGGACUGAAGAGGCCAGGACUGGUCAGUGGAGGAACCAGGCAGUAACACACUGUGCUCUCCAAUCCACACAUAACCCCUGCUGGGAGGAGAACCUAUCAGUGGAGCUUGUGGAUGUUGAAGGCCACAGGGAGGGUAAGCUGUUUCAUUUCUAAUGCAGACAAGAGAAAUCAUCAGUAAUGUUCUGUGGGCUGGGGGCAGUCAAUAAAUUAUACAGGCCAUAGCCAGACAUCCUGGUGGAGUUGACAUUUUUUGCAGAACUGGCUUGACCCUUAUCCUUAUUAUUUCUUAUCCUGGCUGUGCUCCAGUACGACAUGUUUGGAGUAAACCGAUGGUUCAUAGUUUAAACAAAAACCUUUUCAAUAAAUCUUGGAUCUAAAAUGCUGUACUUGUAUUCUGCAUUCUGUCCCAUGUUGAGUAUUUUCAUAGUUCCGUCUUACACAAAAUCUGUUCAUUUGUUAAAAAUAAUGCAAAGAUGUUGUGGGAUAAUUUCUUGAGGCUGGCAAGCUAAAUAUAUAUAUAAAUAUAUAUAAAUAAUAUAAAUAAAAUCGAAAUAAAAUUCAAUAUAAAUAAAAUAAUGGUAUAAAUUCUAUAUAUAGAUAUAAAUUUCUAUAUAAAUCUCUUCU